AUAGACCUCACAGCCACAGAGGAACCAACAACCUCCCCUCCUCUGACAAUAAACAUCACAACAACAGAGGAACCAACAACCUCCCCUCCGCUGACAAUAAAUCUCCCAACAUCAGUGGAGCCAACAACCCCCCCUCUUCUGACAACAAACCUCACGACCACACAGAUUGCACCUGCACUUCCAACUACCACCCAAAAAACUACUGAACUCACAACCACACCCACAAAUGUCAGUACGUACACACCCACAACUACCACAGCAUCCACAACUACCACAGCACCCACAACUACCACAGCACCCACAACUACCACAGCACCCACAACUACCACAGCACCCACAACUACCACAGCACCCACAACUACCACAGCACCCACAACUACCACAGCACCCACAACUACCACAGCACCCACAACUACCACAACUACCACAGCACCCACAACUACCACAGCAUCCACAACUACCACAGCACCCACAACUACCACAGCACCCACAACUACCACAGCACCCACAACUACCACAGCACCCACAACUACCCCAGCACCCACAACUACCCCAGCACCCACAACUACCACAGCACCCACAACUACCACAGCAUCCACAACUUUAAGUACACACCCAACCACCGAUCUCACAACCCAUAUUGUGGACGGUACAACAACGAGCAGUGGGCCUAGAUACGUUGUUGUACUGAGGAUAAAACUGUCCUCUCUGAUCCCACUAACAGAUGACUACAUCAGAAAUGUGGUUUUACAGCAGCUCCGUGAGGAACUGAUCAGACAAGGGCUGCCAGGGGACUUCGCGCUACGCCUGAGAGCCACUCAUGGGAUCAGUUCCUGAGGGAGGAACAGGAAUUCAGAUCAACAUUCUUCACUCCUACUUGUCUUGUCUUCCUGGUUCUGAUUCUGCAGAAAGUUCUUCUGAAGAAGAAGUGGUUCCUUAUAAUGACAGAAUAUGGUUGAUUUGUACUAAUCUCUUGGGACAGACGACGUAACAUGAA